AUGUCCCGCAAUUGGAAAAAUAGCGAGGCGCUCUUGCUGGACGAUGGCUACACGUGGCUUUUUCACGCACCUGCAUGCGUUUGCCAAAUGUCCAUGAAUGCAAGCAGCAUUUCGAAGAUUCGCGUGACGCAGCUCCAAGUCGGGACCGACGGCUUAGCCGUGGCCGUUGCGAAGACCCUUGGCGUGCUGAGGAAGUACGACAGACAGGUGGGCGGUCUGACGUUGGCCAUGCUCCACUGGAUGUUCACCGACUGGCGGCUCGGCCGCAGCGAGUGCGCCAAAGGACAGGGCCGGGGCGAGGGAACUUAUGGCGCUUUUUGGCGGACCCGACGACGGGGUGUGCAGGAGUGGAGCGACCUGUCUUGGGCGUGCCCGGAGGUGCCCAUCAACAUCUACGGUCCAGGCUCCGACUCCGGGACCUACGACUUCUUCGCAGAGGCCACGCUCUGCAAGGACUGCUUCGGGGGGGAGGACGGCUACGACCCCGAAGGCUUCCCGUACUGCCCCUCGGACAAGCACAGCGCCCUGGAGCAGCUCAGCACGGAGCAGGAGAUCGCCGACUUCAUCCAGAGCCAGAGGCCUUUGAACUGCUAUAUGCACUCGGAGUCUGACUAUCAGCUCUUACAGUGGCUGUCGGCAGAUGCCGGUGGCAUCGUCUAUUUCGGCUAUAGUUACUUUGCGCAAUAUGCCAAUCUGCUGACGGUGGCGCGAAUUGCUAAUGACAAGUACAAAGGCGUCAAGGAUACGGCCGAUGCGAGGGUCGAGCCAUCGACCUACACCAUCACUGACGGAUCUUACGAUGUUUACACGCGGAGCUUGUUCAUGAAUGUCGACAACGAGGCCUGGGACAGGGUCCACCCUUUCCUCAGCUUCGGCUUCAGUUCUGCCGGCCAAUCUCUGGUGGCUUCCGUGGGCUACAAGGCGGUGAACGCCGCCGUACUGUCCAAGAUGAAGAUUCGGAUCGAGGAGCGUGGCAACGAAGAGGCGGACUACGUGUCCAUAGCUCCCUCGAGCUGUCCUGUGGGAGCUGAGCUGAGUGCGGUCCCCUAUGUCAAUUCGUUCGGGAACCAGAAGGUGAACUACACCUGCAGCCUCUGCCCUCUCGGGAGCUUCAAGUUUCUAAGCACCCCCACUCGCUGCACGAGCUGCGAGCCGGGCCGAUACACGGACCAGGUGGGGCAGAGUACCUGCAGCCUUUGCGACCCUGGCUAUGAAGCCUUGAACGGCACCAGCUGCCGUGCCUGUGGGGUCGGGUUCUACAAGAGGGAGGCGGCCGCGGCCUCCUGCUCGCCUUGCGGAGCUGGCACCUUCAACAACCAGACAGCGCAGGCGGAGUGCGCCUUCUGCGGUCCCGGCUACUUUGCGCCCGAGGGCUCCACAGAGUGCUCUGCUUGCCCCUUGAACGAAGUCGCUCCAGCCCCCGGCUCCGCGAGCUGCAAUCGCUGCGGGGACGGCUUCACCACGACGCAGGUGGGAUCCACGGCGUGCAGUCGCUGCCGAGCUGGGACCUUCCGCUCCAACGAAACGCAGUGCGUUCCCUGCGCUGGUGACAAGACCACGGCAUUCCAGGGUGCCGUGCUCAAGAGCGACUGCAUCUGCCCAGCCGGGAAGUACUUGCGAGACGGGCUAACAGGAAACAGUAUGGAAGCAAUGUCCAGUGGCACCUGCGUUGAAUGUUCCGAUGGCAUGGACUGCCCUCUGGGCAGCGAUCUCCGCAUCUGGGCGAGCUUCCUCGCCGGUGCGGAGAUGGACCCGGAGGACCAGCUGUUCCCUCUGCUCCAACCGGGGUACUACUCCACUCCGGAGGAGCCGAUGCAGGCCUACAAGUGUGGUGCUCCUUCGCACUGCCCGGGUGGGCGGCCGGGCACCUGCGCCGAGGGACGGGUUGGGAUCCCUUGCGGCCUCUGCGAGGCCGGCAGCAAGUUCGAGGAUGGCCAAUGCAUUCCUUGCGGCGGCUCUGACGGCCUACUGUUUGCCGCGGGUGCGGUUGUCAUUCCCUUUGCAAUCCCGACGUUCUACUAUGUCAUGAACUCCCCGAUGACAUCCAAGGCCUCGACGAUGCUAAGCACGACGAUGGCCUUUGGCAUGACGCUGACCCUGCUGCAGACAGUCGGUCUCGUCGGCCUGGUCUCCCUGAGUUGGCCCUCCUACAUGCAGCCUUUCCUGGACUUCGUGUCGAUCUUCAUGCUGGAUCUUGAGAGCCUGAACGUCGACUGUGUGGGCACUGCCUCCGCGACGCGAUACCUGAUCAGUGUCAUGGUUUGGCCGGCAGUAAUGAUUUGGCUCGUGGUCUGCGGCCUUCUGUCAAAGCUGGGGCCACGGAAGAUGCGCUUCGUGAGAGCCAAGGCCCUGAGCACUUUGGGCCAACUCUUCCAGAUUGGCUUCACGAUUAUCGCGAAGACUUCGUUGAUGCCGUUCAUGUGCUACUCUCAUCCGAACGGGAAGAGCAGCGUUCUUCGAUUCAGCGACGUGAUCUGCUGGGAGGAGCAAUCGGGUCAUGCGACCAUGGUCAUCUUUGGCAUCUUCAUGACCACGAUGAUGAUCCUCUACUGGAGCAUUUUGGUGUGGGUCACCGUCGAAGCACCGAAGAGGUCCUCCAAUGGCGACCAGUUCUUCCUGAUGGCCACGCGCUUCCUGUUCUUCCGCUUCAGGACAGACUACUGGUGGUACGGAACCUGGUUCAUUCUGCGAGGUCCGCUCCUGUCGCUGCCGGUGGUCAUCUUCACAGAUUUGCCUCAGGUGCAGCUCUUCGUGAUGACGGCUGUGCUGGUCACGUACAUGGUCAUGCAGCUCACGACAUGGCCCUGGAAGACACCGCUGAUCAACUUGGCUGACGGGGCCAUGAGCAUGAUGUUCAUCCUGCUGCUCGCCGUCGGGGCAUCCUUCCUGGACAGCUUGGAGGGGGAGGCGAGGGCGGCCGCUUCCAGUCUCGCCGUGGCAGCCGCUUGA